AUACACUAGAGUAGCACCAGAGUGAGCGAAAAACUUCAAGGGCACGCAUCUUUUUCUCUAUAUACAAACCCCCUUCGACCCCCCAAGGCUUUUUCCUUUGCUGCGCUCAUGAAUACUUCAAUGGAAGAGAGCAACACAAACCCCAAAACGCUGUCGUCUUCACUCCCACCUGGUUGCCGAUUUUACCCUUCCGACGAACAACUCUUCUGUUACUACCUCAAAAACAAGAACCGCACCGUUCCUAACGACACCGAUGACGUCAACGGCUAUGAUUUGAUUAAGGAGCUGGAUUUGUACGAUUACGAGCCGUUUGAUUUACCUGAGAAUGCGUGCUAUGCGUAUGGUUAUAAAGCGAGGAAGAGACACUGGUAUUGUUAUACGAAGGAGCAAGUUGGGGUUCCGAGGAGGAAGGCAAAAGGAGGGUUUUGGAGGAUAAGUGGUAGGGUUAGGGAUGUUGUGGUGGGUCCAGGUGGGGAGGCGGUCAUGGGUACAAGGACUAGGUUUGUUUUUUACAUGGGGAAUUCUGUUAAGAGUGCAGUCAGGACUGGUUGGGUUUUGUACGAGUAUGCUCUUGUCGAUCAUGCUAAGGCUUCAUUUGUUCUAUGUCGGGUAUUUGUCAAGUCUCGUGGAGGAAAUAGCAUUUCAGAGAAUGUUGUAAGUUCCUGUGCCGAAGAAAGUGUUUCUGCUUUACCCAGCAUUGGUGCUCAGCAUGAUGAAUUCCUCACACCAGACAUUGCUGAGGCUAAGGGGCCUAAUGACUUAUCUAGAUAUUCUGCAAGAUUGGAUAGAGAGCUUGAUGAUCAAGUCACAACUAGACCUCUUUCUAUUUCCAGUUUCCAGUUUCCAUCAGACAGUCAAUGCAACGAGGCGGUUAGGAGGACAUCUGGGCCUACUGGUGGUAACAUGUAUGUAGAUGCUGAAACUUCCCAGCAGUUACAAUCCAUUUUAGAGGGAGAUUUUAUAGAGCUGGAUGAUCUUGUGGAUUGAUCAUCCAAGUCAGAAGCUGAUAGAGUUAGUUUUGAAGCUACGUGGAUAUUAACUUCAAUUGUCAAGGUUCAGUUAUUUUCAGAUACAGUUAAUUGAAGGAAGGGUUUGAAACCAUAGAAGGAAUUUAUUGAAAGAGUUAUGUUUUAAAAAAUUGUGGAUACCUGGAUAUAUUCAGGUUUCACUUGCUACCUGAAACAGUAUAUUUGAGAAGCGGUUAAGAAACCAUAGAAGGAAUUGUCAAGGUUCAGUUAUUUUCAGAUACAAUUAAUUGAAGGAGGGAUUUGAAAGUUUAUUGAAGAGUGAUAUUUACAAAAAUUGUGGUACCUGGAUGCUCAGGGUUCACUUGCUACCUGAAACAGUAUAUCUGAGAAGUGGUUGAGAAACUAUAAAUAGAAUUGAUUGGAAGGGUAGUUUUGGAUGAGAUGUGGAUACUAACCCUAUCACUUAGGGUAGUAUAUUCAAGAAGGGGUUUAGAAUCCAUUGAAGGAAUUGCUUCAUCAUUACAGGUAAAUACAUGCUACAUCUUUGUUGUAGUUUUCUGCUUUCCUCUCCUAUUAAAGGAACUGCUCAGCGAUUCUUCGUGUAAUUUAUGUGCAGAUUUCCUAUGCCAGAUAUAAGACAUUUUGCUCCAGUAGAAUAGCAAUGAGAUCAAUGUGUCAGAUGAUGGCAAGUUCGAAUAUAAAAUCUUUGAGAAUUGAUUGCUUCACCUGACUUUGUGAUCUCGCCGUUUUUCUAUUGAUGGCAGGGUGUUUCUUUGCAUCUAUGAGAAAAUGUUAAUUUCCCUAUUUUGCCAGCUUUACUCUGGCAAUUAGACUUGUUUCAGCUUAUGUUCUGUUUUCUAGCAUCUUAAAACAUAUUGUAAAUUAGUCUCCUCUCCUCUCUCUAGGACCUCUAAGCUUACCCUGUCAUGUAUUCCAUUUCUGAACUCUAUUGUAGCAUAUUUGGAUGGCUUUCUUAUGAAUGUGAAUUCUAAAUAAAUCUUUUUAUAAUCC